GAAACUGAGCUGGCAACGUCAGCACCUAAUUAAUAUUCAUGAGGUAAGCCCCAAGUCGGUUUGUGCUCAGGUGAACGCUGGAUUCUCGCCACCAAGCUACAAAAAUGCCUUGACAGGACAUUAAAUAAGGGAGAAAUUGCCUAUUUUGACUGGUAGAGAAGCCCAAAACACUGUCCAUUAAACAAAACAAUCACUGGAAAUGGAAGAAAAUCGACUUAAUCAUCGAAGCUCGUCUGUUCCAAAGUAGCCAACUCACCUGAAAGUACCGAGGCUAAAUUACAGAAACAUCAAAGCACCCCAGCGAAAAUGGCAGAUGACCGUGUAGCCAUCUUAACUGAUGAUGAAGAGGAGCUGAAAAGGAGACACCUUGAGCGCUUUGACCGUCUAUCGCUUGAGAUUAAAUCAGAUCAACCAUCCCAGCCAUCUGAAAACAAUGUACCAAGCGAUACGGCACCAACUCCAUCCCCUCAAAACGACAUGGGCUGCUGCGAGCGAUUGUUCCUACGGGUCAACCGCUACCUCCUUGUGUCAAAAGUCUUUUAUUUAUUCUUCUAUGCUGCAUAUGGUUCCCUUCAUCCACUUCUUGCUCUGUACUACAAGCAGCUAGGGAUGAGUCCCACCCAAAGUGGUCUCUUAGUGGGAAUCCGAUAUUUCAUUGAGUUCUGUAGUGCCCCUUUUUGGGGCAUUGUUGCAGAUCGCUUCAGGAAGGGUAAAGCAGUCUUAUUGUUCUCAGUGUUAUGUUGGCUCUUUUUCAAUUCUGGGAUUGCUUUUGUGCAACCAGCGGACAUGAAGUGUCAAGAGAACCUCCCAACGACCACAGCUAUGGUUGCGACUGUCCAUCCUACCACAUCUAACGAGACAUUCUACCUCAAUACCACUUCUAUCCUGGCAACAAAAAAGAUGAGACAGCGCAGGGAUCUGAUUGGACACUACCCUUGGCGAACCAUCCUCUUGUCUGUUCAGUCUUCAGGCUACAGCGCUGAACACCGGUUCAAACGGGACUCUAACAUGAGUUUCACUGUGGCAUCUGAUGAACCAGCGAGCACGACAGAAUCUGUCCAAACCACGACCACACAGCCCAAGCCAAGUACAUCCAUCUCGACGUCAACCCCCAACAGUACAAACACAACGUCCAGCAGCACUACUCAAAGUACCACACUGAAACCAAAACUACCACCUCCUGAAUAUAACAUGGAUCAGGUUCACGCCAUUUUCCUGCUGAUUCUGCUCGUCAUCAUCACUGGCGAGUUUUUCAGUGCUCCAGCUAUUACAAUCGUAGAUACGGUGACUCUGCAGUACCUGGGCCUGCACCGUGACCGCUACGGUCUCCAGCGAAUGUGGGGAUCUCUAGGCUGGGGUGUCGCCAUGCUCUGCGUCGGCAUCUGGAUCGACCACACUAGCACCAACCUUGUCAUUGGCGAAUGCGUCAUGGAAAAUUACAAGAACUACCAUAUUGCCUUCAUCGUGUUCGGAGUAUUAAUGGGAGUCGCUCUGAUCGUUGCCACUCAGUUUAAGUUCAAUGUUCAGCACCAAAACAACAGUGAAGAAAACGAGGUUGGCAACCAGCAGCAAAACACCCAACCUAGAGCUUCCCCUGGAAGGGAUAUCUCUGAGACCCAAACAGUUGUCCAAGCCGAGGAGUUCCACUACUGGGACUUGAUGCGACUGCUGUGCGGCGUACAGUACGGCACUGUGUUAUUCGUGGCCUGGUUCAUGGGCUUCGGCUAUGGGUUUGUUUUUACUUUCCUUUACUGGCAUUUACAGGACCUGACAGGAACCACAACACUGUUUGGGGUUUGCUCUGUCCUAAGUCACGUGUCGGAGCUUGCUGCCUAUUUCACCAGCCAUAAAUUCAUUGAACUGGUGGGACACAUCAGAGUUUUGUACAUCGGCCUGGCCUGCAACACGGCACGCUACCUCUACAUCUCCUAUCUGGAGAAUGCCUGGACUGUGCUGCCCAUGGAAGUGCUACAAGGAAUAACACACGCAUCAGUUUGGGCGGCGUGUAUCUCAUAUUUGAGCGCAGCCGUACCUUCGCCGCUUCGAACGUCAGCUCAGGGCAUCCUGCAGGGUCUCCACCUCGGCCUGGGCAGGGGCUGCGGGGCGAUGGUCGGCGGGAUAUUUGUCAACUACUUUGGUGCUGCCGAAACGUUCAGAGGAAUAGGAAUGACCUCACUUGUAAUUUUGCUGCUCUUUUCAUUAAUUAUGUGCAUCACUGGCCAGAAUGAGAAAAAAGAGGACAAGAUGCUGGCAGAGAACAUUCCUAUCCCAUUCAGUCCUGUUCCCAUUGCGACCAUUGACCUGGUUCAGAACACAACAGACGUGGCGGCACCGGCUCGACCCGAGCCCAAACUUCCAGCUCGGAAAACAAGGCACCAGGAAGAGCAGGAGGAUCUGAACAAGCCUGCUUGGGUUCCCUCCGGGUCGCCGUGGGUUACAGUCGUUCUCCUGUUUUACCAAAUCAGAGAGAUGGUCGUCAUGGCAAAGACACACCCUCCUGUUGAGGUCCUGCCCCUUCAGGUAGUGAAGAGGAUCAUGGGGAAAAUAAAAGGACACACCUGAGGUUCCCUCAGACUCCAGAGAAGACAACCAAUCACCUCCAGUGUUUAGUGAUGCCUUGCAUCAGGAAAGCUUUCCCAGCAGCCUCCAGUCCCAGAAGGACCCCGGGCCCCCAGAGGCCAUUGCACAGCUUGAAUUCCCACCACAUUCUGUAUUACAACCAAACAGCUGAUGGCACAAACUGACUCAGUAACCCCUGUGGAAAGUAAACAUCAGUAACCUUUAAUGACUCACUUCAUUUUGUUUUCUUUGUGAAGAGUUUUUCAUGAACUACUUGGGGAAAUACAAGAAAGAUGAAUGUACUUUGCUGUAUAAGUGGCCUUUGUAUGAUUUUUAACUUAUUUACAGGUGUUUUGCACAAGCUUUAAAUAAAGCCUGGCAGGUUUUAAUUAAACUGUAA